AUGAAUUUGACCAACUGUACAAGAGCAACUGAAUUUAUUCUUGUUGGAUUGCCAAGUGUUUCAGGAAUGGAAAACAUGAUGUAUGCUAGUGUCUUUGUGCUCUACCUCCUGUGUCUGAUGGGCAAUGGGCUCAUCAUCAUGAUUGUAAUUGUGGACCACCAUCUCCAGAAGCCCAUGUAUUUCUUCCUUAGCAACCUUUCUUUCAUUGACAUUGGACACACCACAGCCUUUAUUCCUAAACUGCUGGUCAAUUAUCUCUCUGCUAGCAAUUCCAUCUGUUUCUAUUGCUGUGUAAUACAGUUGUCCUUCUAUUUCCUUUUUGGGGUCACGGAAUUUUUUAUCAUCACUUUGAUAUCCCUGGACAGAUACGUAGCCAUUUGCCAUCCUUUGAGGUAUGCCAUUAUCAUGACUUCUGGGGUCUGCCUUAAACUGGCAGUAGCAGCCUGGUUUGGAGGCUUUUUCUCCAUUCUUUGUCAACUAGUAAUGAUUGGAAACCUACCCUUCUGCACCUCCAACAUUAUCAAUCAUUUCUUUUGUGAUGUGGGACCUGUGUUGAAGAUUGCAGGAGGAGAUAUACAUGUCAUUGAAGCCCUUGGCUUCCUAGUUACUGUGGUUAUUAUUAUGUCUUCCCUGCUUUUCACCCUCAUUUCUUACCUCUUCAUCAUCUGCACCAUUCUCCGAAUGCCUUCAAACACCAGACAGCAGAGGGCCUUUUCUACCUGUGCUUCCCAUCUGAUUGUCGUCACCAUUUUCUAUGGGUCAGUCUUUUUUGUCUACUUAAGACCUACGGUCAAGAACUCUUCCUUUGGCGUAAUCAAGUCUGUUUCUGUGGUGAAUAGUAUAGUUGCUCCAGUGCUAAAUCCCUUUAUUUACACCAUUAGGAACAAUGAGGUAAAAGAAGCUGUGUGGAAAACAUUAAGAAAAAACAUUCCAGCUUUCCCUAAAAUCUAA